AUGCUUGAAAUGAAGCUGGGAAUUCCUACGUUUGAACAACGUUUGAUUUUCGCCGGCAAACAACUUGAAGAUGGUCGUACAAUGGCUGAUUACAAUAUUAAGGAUGGUUCAACUUUGCAUCUUGUUAAGCGUUUAGUCGGUUGUUGA